CAUGCGUCGUCCCAAAAGACAUUUUAAGUAAUUUGUUAGGCACCUCAACAGUAAGCAGGCUUUCGUACUGGACGUUGCUGUGCCAAUCCAAAUUACCUGAUAGUAUUACCUGGAGAUUUUAACGGCUUAAUAUUCGAAAUAUAUCAAUCGGCACGAUGUUGUCUGUAGCUAGGUCAGGAUUAUGCGGCCGUGUUAGCCUCCUGGUUCGGGAAAGCUACGUGGUAUUAGCGAGAAUUCAGAAACCAUGCACUGCUGGAUACCCAACUUCUUCAAAACGGUUUCACGUUCAUCCUCAGCAAGAGCCCCGACCACAGCAGCAACUCGCCAUGGGAUAUAACAUUGAUUGGAUAUUCUCUCGUUUGCGGUGUCCUUCAGGCUUAUGGUAUAUUUUUAGUCAAAUUGCCAUUACAGCGGUGGGAUUGUUUGCCAAGUUCGUGCUGGAUUUAUGCUUCCCUGGUUAAAAUUGGCAUAUACUAUGAAUUUAUUAAAAAGGGAUAACAUUUAUAAUUUUCG